ACGGUAUAAAUACCAUUCAGCAAUACUCAUCGGUACAUCAGUACACAACAGCGCCGAGCUUGCACUUUCCAACUCCGGUAGAUUCAGCCAACUUGAAGGAAUCCCCACAAACAUGAAGGUCGCCAUCGCAAUUCUCCUGCUUGCCACCGUGGCCAUCGCUGCCGUUAGUUGUUCCCCUUCUGACCACUGCGGAAGGUACGAAGUGCGUGCCUGUGACUGUCCGAAACCGUGCGAUGGUCCCUGCUACCGGCCCAGCAAGUGCGUCUGCAUCGCCGGGUACCACCGGAACCACCUGGGACACUGCGUUCCGGACUGCCCGUCGUGCCACCACCGUCGUAAUCCCUACCCGUCCAAGAAGUGAGGGUGUCA